AUGACGACAUCAGAUUUUAGAUACGAUUUCUAUCAGACGCCUUCUAUUAUUGAAAUCAGUCUCUUUGUGAAGAACGUCAGAGAAGAGGACGUUGAUAUCAGCUUUGGAGAAAAAGAGUUAAAUGUACAGUUCAAAGAUGGUAGACAAUUCAGUCUCAAUCCGCUCAGUUUCGAUAUCAAACCAACUGAAUGCAAAUACACGUUAAAGUCAAUGAAAGUGGAAUUAAUACUGGUAAAAUCACAGGAGGGUAUAAACUGGAAUUCACUCGUUGGUGAUUCGAGCUACAAAGAAGCACCAGCGUCAACAUCUACAGCAUCAACAAGUAAGCCAUAUCCAUCAAACAGGGGAAAAGAUUGGAAUAAAGUCGCACUCGAUGAUGAAGAAGAAACUAACGAUGGAAAUCCAGACGAUUUCUUCAAGAAACUGUUCGCUAAUGCAGAUGAUGACGUGCGUAAAGCUAUGAUGAAGUCCUACUCAGAGUCAGGCGGUACUUCACUCUCAACAAACUGGGAAGAAGUCAAGAAGGCUAAAGUUGAAACUAAACCGCCAAGUGGAACAGAAGCUAAGAAAUUAUAA